GUUCAGAAUUGAUUUCUGCGUAAGGACAAAGGCAACGACGUGACCAUCAUUCGGUUCCAUCGAAUCUUACGAACCCAGUGCUCCGCGCCAAGUCACCCCUUCCUUUUUCCUUCGCCACAUUGGUUUUCUUCAGCACCCAUCUCCUUGAUUUCCUCCAAACCUCUUACCCUUCAUCAAUUUACUCUGUUUUUCUUCAACCCCACCUCGAAAAUGGCUGUUUUCAGCCAUUUUUUCUAGUUGUUGCCAUGGGAGAUGGGUUAACUUAACGUAUUCGAACAACCCUUCUUCGGUUUCGUACGUUUCUUCUUCUUCUUCUUCUUCUUCUUCUUCUUCUUCUCUUUCUCUCUCGAUCUGUACCCUUUUUUUCACUUAGUUUUUUGGAUUCGAUUACUUCUUGAAACCUGUGGCGGUGGAGGGAGUUAGUCCCAAGGGCAAAACGAACGCCUGCCGCUGACCCUGUUUCUGGAUUUGCUCGUAUCAGCUGUCUUUGUCUCCUCACCGAUGUGAUUUGUAUGGAAUCUUAUUGAGAUCUGCGUUAUCUGUCGGGGAAUUUUAUCAGGAAAAAAAAUUCAAAUGCAAUAUGGAGAAAAGGAAAAGAAUCACACAGUACAGGGAGAGGCUAGACAAAACACUCGCAUCUACCGACCUGUCAACCCAGGAGUCUAUCAAGUCCCUUGUGUCUAAUCAACUUCGUCGUUUGGAUUCGAAACAUGGAACUGAAGGAUGUAACGAAAACGUAGUAGCGAGAAGAACCGCUGAAGUAUCGAAUUUUCUUGACAUGUUGAGGAGUGCUUCCAGUAAUGGUAGCAGCAGAGCUUCUGAGACGGCGCAUUCUGAAUGGAAAACAAAGCACGAUGAUGAAGAGUUUCGGGUUAUGUAUCGUGAAGGACCAAAGGGCGCUCCGUAUCAUACAUUACUUGUUGAAGGCUUUGUAGAUGGGCCUGUUGAUGUUUGUUUGUGCACUUCCUGGGAGUCUGAAUUGUAUAAGAGAUGGUGGCCUCAAUUUAAUCUGCCAUCUUUCAAAAUUCUCACCAGCAAAUGUCUCGAGAAAGUACGGAUCAGUGAACAGAUUGCGUUAGUAAGGGUGAAGGUUUCAUGGCCGCUGUCGACCAGGGAGAUCGUUGUGCACUACUUUUUGUUCGAGUACUUUCAGGAUGAUCUUGUCGUUGUUCUUCUGAACUCGAUAUCUGAUCUGGACAGUAUUGAUAUAACUACUCAUGGAUUCACCAGGCAUGCUAUCCCGGACCCAGAAGACGUAAUAAGGAUUGAUGUCGUGGGAGGCUUUGCUAUACAGAAGGUGUCAGAUACUCGGAGCUACUUCCGGACAAUUGCAAACAUGGAUAUGAAGCUGGAUUUUGUCCCUCCAUCGCUCAUAAACUUUGUCUCAAGGCAACUCAUUGGCAGUGGUUUCCGACUCUAUCAAAAGGUAGUGGCUUCUAUGUUCAAAUCUGAUGAAGAUUUUAUGAAUGCCUUGAAAGACCCACUGUACACUCGUAUAAAUGAAGCUCUCUACGGGAGGAAUCAACAAGAUAAGGUGUUGGAAGAAAAUGAGCUCAGUUUUCAAAUCGAUCAAACUGGAAUGCAUCAUUUUCAAGAGGUGCAUCUGGAAAACUCGACCGAAGAGCCGCAGGAAAACUCGAUGGAAGAUGAGAAGGAUCAUGUCAUAUACGAUGCAAACGAGCCCACAAAAACUGCCAUGGAAAUUAACGAGAUUGAGGAGGAAGAGUACAUAGAAAUUAGGCACGAUGAAGACGAAGAUCGAGAUAAAGAUGCCAUUUUAGGAAGAAGUAUUGCAGAAAAAUGUAAUUUGAAGGAUCAAAGAAUCACUAAAAUCAGUCCAGAGGUGGAAAAGGCUCUGAAAACUUUAGACGACGCCAUUUAUAUGAUGAGGAAACGUAGAUCCAAUACUGAAACAAAGGCUGCUUCAUGCUUGAGUGAUGAAAAGCCUCCGAAUAUAGCGAAGGAUACUGGAAAGAACUCGAGUACUUCGGAAGACAGCAACGUUCAUCCGAAAGUCGAGCUUUCUGCUAGUUUGUCAAAGAACAAAACCACUGAGAGAACUUCAAAUGAACCUGCUCGAACUAGUUCUAACCAUAGUUCCAGGCGUUUAGGAUCAUCAAGUUCUUUGUCCAAGGAUGUCAACCACAACAAAAUAGUUCCAGCAUCUCCGGAACAGAAAAUUUUACCCCUCGCACCUGCUGAAGUUAACCACACAAUGUCGAGUUUCAUCAAACACGGACCCACCAGAAACCCGAAUUCGAAUCAAAGUUCAGAUUAUCAUGUUAAGCAACCGACCAGUGAGCAUAAUGGCGUCGACAAAAUCAGCGAAAACACAGUGGAGAGGUACAUAAGGAACAGAAAAACCCGGUACUGGUGCUUUCCGGGCAGUCCGAUGGGGCUUAAGAAAGGAAGGAGCUGAAAUCUAGUUGA